CCUCGGGCGGCUGGAGUCGAGGAUGGGAGUGCGGGGCGAGCGCGCUGCGCCCAGGGUCACGGCCGCGGCGGAGUCUGCGGGGCGCGAAGCCAGCGCCCGGCGCUUUUAAAGCCCGGAUCGCGGCGCGCUCCAGGCGCGGGCGGCGGCCGGAUGGAGAGGAAGGGCUUGGCGGCCCGAGCCUCGGGGAACCCUAGCCCGCCCGCGCUGGGUGAGGGACCGCGGCCCGUGCCGCCACCGUGCGUCCCGAGCGGCGGAGGAGCCCCGGAGCGGAGCCAGGCUGGAGCGGCGGCCGAGCCCGCGGAGCUUAUCCGGCGCGCGCACGAGUUCAAGAGCCAAGGGGCGCAGUGCUACAAGGACAAGAAAUUCCGCGAAGCCAUCGGCAAAUACCACCGGGCGUUGCUGGAGCUGAAGGGGUUGCUGCCGCCCCCGGGGGAGCGGGAGCGGGACGCACGGCCAGCCUCCCCGGCAGGGGUGCCCAAAGCCAGCCGCCUCUCGGAGGAGCAGAGCAAGACAGUUGAAGCCAUUGAGAUCGACUGUUACAACAGCCUGGCAGCCUGCCUGCUCCAGGCUGAGCUGGUAAAUUAUGAGAGAGUCAAGGAGUAUUGCCUCAAGGUCCUGAAGAAGGAAGGAGAGAACUUCAAAGCUCUUUACAGAUCUGGUGUGGCUUUCUAUCAUCUUGGGGACUACGACAAAGCUCUCUACUACCUAAAAGAAGCAAGGACCCGACAGCCCACAGACACCAAUGUGGUUCGGUACAUCCAGCUGACGGAGAUGAAGCUCAGCAGAUGUUCUCAAAGGGAGAAAGAAGCCAUGUAACAGCCUCUCUCGAGCCGUACCUGACCAGGGACUUCCAGGCACCAGUGGUGGAGAUUCCCGACGUGGGUUCUCUCCCUCUCUUCCCAGUUCUUCCUGUACUCCUGUUGUUGCUCUUGUUGCUCCGUAACUCUGUCUGUGAGGUGAGAGGCGCUCAUGGACCUUGGUGGGCAGCCCAAACAUGGACUUAUCCUCUUCUCUAGUAGGCCAGCAAAUGGGACAACUGGGGAAGAGUCUCCUGAACUGGGGGUGGUCCUGUGGCUUUGACUUGUGCCAGUGUUUCUGAGCCUGGCAGGUGUGCAUAGCCCACAAUCUGGACCCUUCUACACCUUCCCAGUGGAUCAGAGCAUCUUGAAGCAACUGAAAGGUCUCUGGAGCUGACGUACAUAAGAAGCACUGGUCGGACCAAUGCUGAGGUUGUGAAUUUCCUUCUGAGCGCCUGCCACACCCCCAGACUUGUCCAGGCUUGUACUUUCUUUCCUCCCACUGCGAGGUUAGGUCUUUGCCAGGAUUUACAUACCACUAAGGCCCACUCUCGGUGCCCUCUGGUGACCACACAUACCAUUCCCCCAAACCCAGCUAGCCAGCAGCUGUAACAAAAGGGCAGGGUGAAAUGGGCCAAAGGUUGAGGGCAGAGCAGACUGGGUAGGUGACAGAGGAAGGAGAGAAAGAGCCUUGGGUGGACUGAGGGACUAAUUAAUGUAAAUAAAAACUAACUCACAGGCAUCCGUUCCUGUCAUUUCUGUUGGAAGCAGUUCACUCCCUGUCCCUUAGGCAGAGUGGCCCACAGCUUCCUGUAAAGCCCGUGGUCCUUAGACCAAGACUGUAUGCACCAUGUUGGCCACAGCAUUUGUGCUUUCAGGAGUGGGCUGGGAUUAUGGAAACUGCUCCAGGACUCGGCUUUGAGGGAAUUUGUACACCUCACCCCCCUUUGUGACGAAAUUAUCUGAACUCAGUAUCUAACACGUAACAAAUUUUUGUCGAAUGGAUAAAUUUUGAAUGCAGACUGACUCUCCUGCCUUAAACUAAUUGGGUCCCAGCCUGGCUCCUGACACAUAUGCUUUUUAUGCUAUGCCGCAUUGAAACAUUUCCUGAGGGCCUACUGGUCCCCCACCAUAGUGCAAUAUAGGACAGAGUCUCAGUCUUCACGAAGAUAGAAAAGCUGAGAAAUCCAUAUGAGAUUAUUACCAAUGACACCAUUAAUACACCAUUAAUAUAUAUGAUGCUUAAACACUUUCAAGGCACUUUCAUGUAUUUUUUCGUGUGACUUAGUGAGACACUAUUGUAUAAAAUUAAAAUAUAUACAGAUGCAAUAAUGUUAAUAGUUAGGAUUUAUUAAAUGCACUAUCUUCAGAUCAUUACAUGGACAAUGUCAUUUCUUUCAUGUACUCACUCUGUGGGAUAUUAUUCCCAGGUGAUGGAGAAGACAGACAGCCGGGAAAAUUAACUGUCUUGAGAUUGCACGGCCUUACAGGACAUAGCUAAGAUUGAACCAGAUCUGACUGGUUCCAGAGCUCUGGCUACUAACUAUCUUAUGCUUAGCUGCCUCUCUGUUGGACAGUUAAACUGUGUGAGAGCAGAACAAUUUCCAUGAAGUCAAAACAUGAUUCAUACUUCAGUCCUUCCACCCCCUUAUAUUUACAUAGGCAAGACAGAAAGAGACCAGAAGCCAGAACCCCUAGUGGCUGGAACAGUGACCAGCCAGGAAAAAGACAACAGACCUGGUAAUUACAUCUGUGUGUUGGUCGUUCUAUUUGCUGAUGAAGCAGCAUGAACCUGAACAACCCACCUGGCUGUAUGGCCAGCAGUGAGAGGAUAGGCAAAGACUGAAGGGAGACACAAAGUUAAUUAUGGGUUGUUUGUUCAAACCGUCACUUUGCCAGUGCAAGAUCCAGUCGCUGCUGAAGGGUCCAGAAGCCAGCAGCACAGCUUAUAUCCACACAGCUCCCCAGACACUCUCAGUGGGGGCUGCGGGAAGGUGCUAGAAAUAUCCAGAGUCCCACAGUGGCCCUGGAGAAGAAGAAAAGGAAAAAGCCAUCCCAAGACCACUUUCCCUGACUUUGAACAUAUUCUAUCUUCUUCCUCCAAAAUGGCUUCUUGACCUCCAAAAUGACCCCAACCCCAAUCUACUGUCAGCCCUGGCCUAUGCCUUUGCCCAUCCCCUCAUCCCUCAGUGCUAUCCCCAAGCUCAGAGGUCAGAAGCUGACAAACCGUUAGGAUCUGAAAGACAAAAGUGAGGUCAGAGGUGGUUUACAGAAUGAGUUCAAACUGGCAGGCUCCUCCUUUGCUCUUCAACGCAUUAGGAAUGGUCUUGGUACUAAUUUCCAAUAAAGGGGAGAGAGAGAAUGCUUGCUUGAAUCAAUGCAUUGGGGGAAGGGCUGUACUCACAGAAAUAAAACCAUUGCCACCUCAAAGAGAAUAUUUGGAAAAGCACAAUGAGUGACUCAGAUACAUACUCUUGUGGGAACUCCAUUCACUGUGACCCAGACUUAAAUGACCCUCCCCCACACACACAUCUCAAAAAAAGAAACUGUCUGGGAUAUUAGUUAACAUAAGGGGGUGGCAGGGAUGAAUUUUCUGUGCAUUUGUCAGCAGUCUUUAGAGAGCUGCUUCUCUUCCUUCUUCCACAUCUCCUAAAAUCAAGGACUAUAGUCUACUUGCAGACUUGGCAGGUGCCACUGCUGAACUGUGCAGAAGGCACACAGCAUGGAUCUGCCCUGCAUUGUCAUCUGCCUGGACUUUUGUGAAAGACCCUUUGGCACACAACUUAGACUUUUUGUUGCGUUAUAAAAGCCACACACGUGUGUUGUAGAACAUGUAAGGAAAGUUAAGGAUGACACUCAGCUCAUCACAAGAGCACCAAGAGAACACUUUCAUCCUUUCUGUCCAUCUUUUGUUCUUCUUGGUAUAAAUGUGUACACGUACUCUCACCUGCUUUGGGUUUUUUGGUUUUUUGUUUGUUUGGUUUUUUAAUGAAGAAAACUGGAUCGUGCUGUAUCUACUCUUUAAUAACUUACUUUUCAAAUGUGUAUUUAUAUUUUAGAAUAUGCGAUAUAUGCACAGAUCUAUAAAAUUCAAAUAGUACACAAAUUGUAGUUGAAAGUAACUCUUCUUCCCUGUCUGCCCACAGCUAGUUUCCCUUGGGUUUCUUGUGUACUGUCCCUCACCCCUGCCAAGAAAUUCUUGUUUUUCAAAGAUAUGUAUAUAUAUAUUCUUUUUAUCACAAGUGGUAGCAUGUCAGAUGCUUUUCCCACCCUCCUGUUGCCUUAUGUAACAUGUCAUGGGCAUUUGGCGUGUCUUGGACUUUUCUGAUAGCAUCUUCAUGGUAUGGGCGAUCUUUAUUUUGUAACCUGUCCACAAAUGCAGAUGAUUUCACUUGUUUUCAGUCUUUACUGUAAAUAAUGUUAUAACUGACAUUCUUGUCACUAAAUUUUGCACACGUCUGUGGCGAGUUCCUUAGGAUAUAAUCCAAGAAGGAAAUUGGGUGACUAUUUUUAAGGAUUUUGAUACAUGUUGCCAAUACCCUGUAGAAGUUUGUACCCAGACACUGUCCUGUUUGCAGCCCCCAGAGCGCCCUGCUCUCUGGACCUAAAAAAGCACUAGGUUUUAUCACUUAUCAAACUUUUGCCAAUUUGAUAGGCAAAUAACAGUAUGUCAAUGGUAUUUCAACUUAUUGCUUAACUUUCUUUGAUUAUUAGUGAGUAACAUUUUCAUAUGCUUAUUGACCAUUUGUAUUUCUUUCUUUGUGAAUUUCUUAUUUAUUUGAUAUUGACAUGUUUAUCUAUAUCUAUGUUUAUCUUUAUUAUCUAUUUGUAACUUUAAGAAUAUUAUUUUUGUCAAGAAAUGCAACAGAUAUGCUUUCCAAGUGCUUUGCUUUCAGAUUUCAUUUAUGGUGCUUUUUGACAUACAUAAACUUAUAAUUCUGCAACUAA